ACACAGACAAUAGCUACACCCUCCAAUGCCUCCAUAGCUCAACUUGUGUUUGAUUUUCCAAGUUACCGAACCAAACCUAAGCCAUUCAUCAUGUCCAACACGGAGGACAUGACUUCUGAAAGACUACAACAGAAAAUAUUAUAUUCAGAUGUAGAAGUUAUUGUUUUUCUUGCACCUGUGUAUCAAUGGAAUGGAUUCCUCUGAACUCUCGUUAUUAGCCAGCCAAUGAAUUUUAAAAGGAACCAAGGACCUUGCCCAUUCAUUUUUUCCUUUUUUUUUUUAUAAUGUUUUUUCUCUUUUCAUUGUAUAGUAUAUAGGUGAAGGAAAAAUUAAACUCCAUCCAUCACUCAAAACCCCCACUACUCAAAAGCUCUCCAUUCCUCACCCUCCAACUCCACCACUAUUAAUUCCUCUUCUUCUCAACCCCACUUUUACUAUCCUACGCUAAACUCAAACAACAAGAUCAUGUCUAAAUUCUUCUUUCUUUUUCUUACCCUCUUCCUCCCUGCUUUAGUCUCCGGCGUGGGGGCGUCAUGUAGCUGUGAUAAAUCCGAUGGGGGUGGUGCCGUCGCCACAAAAGAAGCAAUGAAAUACAAGGUGGGUUCUAUUGGGUCGGUGCUGGUGGCUGGUGCUGCAGGGGUGAGCCUUCCUUUGGUGGGGAAGAAGAUUCGGUGUCUGAGGCCAGAAAAUGACAUAUUUUUCAUGAUAAAGGCUUUUGCUGCAGGGGUCAUUUUGAGCACUGGGUUCAUCCACAUACUGCCCGAUGCCUUUCAAGACUUGACCUCCCCCUGUCUGGGCCAAAAUCCUUGGGGAGAUUUCCCAUUUGCGGGUUUCAUCGCAAUGGCCGCCUCCAUCGCCACCUUGAUGGUGGACACAUUUGCAACCAGUUUUUACCAGAGACGCCACUUCAGUAAAACCAAGCAGGUAAUUGCUGACCAGGAAACAGGCAAUGACCAUGCCGGCCACGUGCAUGUUCACACUCACGCCACACAUGGCCACGCUCAUGGAUCCGCCCCUACUCCCACCGGAGAAUUGAGCCUCGCUGACUUGAUCCGCUACCGGAUUAUAUCUCAGGUGUUGGAAUUGGGAAUUGUGGUUCAUUCGGUGAUAAUUGGUAUUUCUCUUGGUGCAUCGGUGAGCCCUGCCACCAUUAAGCCACUGCUGGUAGCUCUGUCUUUCCACCAAUUUUUUGAGGGCAUGGGACUCGGUGGCUGCAUUUCCCAGGCACAAUUUAGGUGGCGAUCGGCGGCAGCAAUGGCGACAUUUUUCUCACUGACAGCGCCUGUGGGAAUUGCUGUGGGAAUCGGAAUCUCAGGAGCUUAUAGAGACAACAGCCGGACGGCUCUGAUCGUUGAAGGAAGCAUGAACUCAGCAUCCGCAGGGAUAUUGAUUUACAUGGCUCUUGUCGACCUUCUUGCUGCUGAUUUCAUGAACCCAAGGAUGCAAAACAAUUUGGGUCUUCAAUUAGGAGCUAAUAUCUCUUUGCUUCUAGGAGCUGCUUGCAUGUCUGUGUUGGCCAAAUGGGCUUAGAUCCACUUUUCCUCUCUUUUCAACUCAACUCAGUUUUGAUACCGCAGGACUCUUCGCUCCCACUUCAGUACCUAACUGGCUUAGCCACUAGCCAUCAAAACCAAUUUAAUGUUUCAUACCAUUGAAAUCGAAUGGAAGCAUACAUUAAAGUUAUUUUUGGAUCAUAUGGCAAAAACCAUUUUAACCAUUUCAAAUCACAUCAAACAUGUUUUUAGAGUUGUGUUCAAUUGCAAUGUCCAAAUGAAUUGCUCUUUGAUCCUAAUCUAAGAUAUGGAAAAUUGCAAAA